AUGUGUUCUUACUUUGGCAAGUCUUUAUAUCGAGAUUUGGUGUUAGACAAGAGAAACGCUUGGAAUGUGUGUUUAGGUAUAAAUUGGGAUUUAGAUUCGGUAGAUGAGAAAGGUGUGGACGCUGGGAGCAUGAGAGCUCAGAGGGAAGACACUAUAGAAUACCCACGAGAAGGUAUCUUAAAGAGACUCGCACAAGUCCUCAAGUUGAAACGUCCAUCCAUACAACAAAUCACUCAGCCAUCCGAGCCAGAAAAGACCCCAUUCCCACCUUCAAUUCCUACCCCAUUCGGUCUCGAUACCCUCAGUAUCCAUCGUCGCAAAGUCGAGCUUCUAAAUCAUGUUCAAUACCUCUACAUUAACGACCUCGAAUCAGCAGCUUACGUCUGUAGAGCUCUCGGUACAGAUAUAGUUUCCCGAUCCGAACCUAAAGAUCAACCUUGUUCCUACCCUCAUCCUCCUGCCAGAACAUUCAAGGGCGUCCAGACCAUCGCACUAGGAUUUGACCUCAUGAAAUCGGAAACUAGCUUUUUCGGUUCUAAGAUAGGUGGAUUGUUGAUGGGGAUGAGCUGGGAUCAAAUAGGUUUUUUCGAUCCUUACCAACAUCCCAAUCCUGAAAAUACCCUACAUACUCUUGCAUGUACCCUCCAGCCAAAACAGGUAUGCUCAACGUGGUGUAGAGGACUGGAAAGUCCAUGGGAUUGUACCUUCUUUUGGAAGAUGAAGGAUUUGGUGGCUGGCUGGAAGUUAGAAAGCUUUACUUGGCAUAGUACAGGGGGUCUUAGUGAUCCUGGAAGAUCAGCUGGACUUUACUUGUCGGAUGAGACUAGAGCAGUCACGUCUUUCUUUCCUCCAAAUAUCCCUAGAAUCCGAGCUUUCAAUCAUCCUACCUUCACUGACCAUUGUAAUGGAUCUGGAGAGUCAUGUGAAUGCAAGAAAGCUCUUAGAGAUAUUUUGAUCCAUCUCACUUUGGAAGAUUGGUCGGACGAGAUCAGAAAUGAGGAAAGAAAGGUGGAUUUGAUACGACGACUUACAAUCCGACCUCGUCGAGAAAGAUAUAUGCUUGACCAAUGCCCACAGCUCCUGGAAUUCCCCAAAGAAGCUCGAGCAAGAAUUAUCCAGCUCCAAAGUCACGCUAACGAGCUGACUAUCGACGGAACCACCGCAGGCAAUAUCUUUGCCAAUAUCAAACAACUUUUGUCCGCUUCUUACGAAUCGGAUCUACUGUUAUUCAAUAAGGUCGAACAACUUUUCAUCGAAGAUAUGGAAGGUGCGCAAGCUCUUGCUCAAGCUCUAGAAGAUUGUCAGCUCUCCAAACACCUAUCCGGAGUUAUCAAGCCUACAAUUGACAUCUUCAAGAAUGUAACGACCAUCUCCCUCGGAUCCAAGCUCCUCGAACGGCUCGUCAAAUCAUAUUCCACCGGCAACCUCAAAGUAAAGAGGAUCAUGGAGACUAUCGGACAUGCUCUCCAACCUACUCAUGUCUGCUUAGCCAAACCCCUCAUCGAUCCUACGACUCAAGAUGGUUUAUGGGAUAUCUACCUGUUCGGGAAACUCUCUCCUCUCAUGAACAGCGGACGCUUACGAUCAUUUACCGCUCACGGGUUCUGGUAUUACAACGACACAUGUUUCCCUUCGUCUCUUGAUCAUUUCAACAUCAUCUUUUCCGAUUGUCCCUCACCUAUCAAUAGCGGUCCCUGUGAUUGCUACGACAAGCUCAGAGAUGCGCUCGACUCAAUUAUUGACAUGGAUUGUGGUGAAGUAGAUAGCGAGCUGCAAAAAGGGAAAGGGGUAAACCUUAUCAACCUCCCGCACAUUUCGCCCGAUAUGGUCACUCUCCAAGCUUUGGUUGAGAUGAAGAUUCAAUCUGAAGGCAGUUUCCCGGUAUAUAACAUGAGGGGAAAGAAGAUCGACCUCACCAAGGGGUUUCAAGCAAGUUGGGAGUGGUUUGAGACUAAAUUCAAAGUCAUUAAUAAGAAAGAUGCCAAACCUUGCGUUUGCUGUGGGAAGGUAUGA